GCAGUGUUCGCUUCCCUCUUUGCUUCUACAAUCCUGAACCUUUAAAACUCGUAUGAUUUCGUUUCAUUCACAAAUCAUAAGCAUGCGAGAAAAAUCUUUCGUAGUAAAAAAUGUUUUAUUGUCUUAUUCUCCUCCUCCUCCUAUGCCUCUCUUCCACGUAUCUAUCCUUCUCUCAAAACCACGAUGCCACCAUCCUCCGGCAAGCUAAACUGAGCCUCUCCGACCCUGCCCAGUCACUAUCUUCCUGGUCCGAAAACGACGUCACACCAUGCCACUGGCGCGGCAUCACCUGCGACGCCGCCACGUCAGCCGUCCUCUCCGUCAAUCUCUCCAGCUUCAUGCUCGUCGGUCCUUUCCCUUCCGUCCUCUGCCGUCUCCCUUCCCUCUCACUCCUCUCUCUCUACAACAACUCCAUCAAUGGUUCCCUCUCCGACCAUGAUCUCACAUCGUGUCGGAACCUCAGACAUCUUAAUUUGUCUGAGAAUCUUUUAGUUGGUUCCAUCCCAAAGUCACUUCCUUACAACCUCCCCAACCUCCGGUCCCUCGAAAUAUCCGGGAACAACUUAUCAGACACGAUUCCGACGACUUUCGGAGAGUUCAAAAACCUCGAGUCUUUGAAUCUCGCUGGAAAUCUCCUCUCCGGUACCAUCCCCGCCUCUCUCGGCAACGUAUCCACUCUUAGAGAACUCAGACUCGCUUACAAUUUUUUUACCCCGAGUCGAAUCCCGAGUCAACUCGGUAAUCUAACGGAGCUUCGUGUUCUCUGGCUCGCCGGCUGCAACCUCGUUGGACCGUUACCUCAAACUCUCUCCGGUUUAACUCAGUUGGUUAGUUUGGAUUUGACAGCGAACCGACUCACCGGGUCCCUCCCGAGUUGGAUCACUGAGCUGAAAAGCAUCGAGCAAAUCGAGAUAUUCAAAAACUCGUUCUCAGGCGAGUUACCGAAGGCGAUGGGUAACAUGACGAUGCUAAAGAGCUUCGACGCGUCGACGAAUAAGCUGACAGGGAAGAUUCCCGACGGGUUGGCUCGGUUAAACCUCGUGUCGUUGAACCUCUUCGAGAACAUGCUCGAAGGGGCCUUGCCUGAGAGCAUAACUCGGUCCAAAACGUUAACGGAACUGAAGCUGUUUAAUAACAGACUCACUGGGGAGAUACCGAGUCAACUCGGCGCGAACUCUCCGUUACAGUAUGUUGACUUUUCGUAUAAUAAGUUUUACGGGGAGAUACCGAAGAAUCUUUGCGGAGGAGGGAAGCUGGAGUAUCUCAUGAUUAUAGGGAACUCGUUUUCAGGUGAAAUACCGACGAAUUUGGGAAAGUGUAGGAGCUUGACACGUGUCCGAUUGAGUAAAAACAAGCUUUCAGGUCAUGUUCCGAGAGAGUUCUGGGGGUUGCCUCGCUUGUCGCUGCUCGAACUCUCGGAGAACACGUUCACAGGAACAAUCUCUGAGGCCAUCGCCGGUGCAAAGAAUCUCUCAAACCUGAGAAUUUCAAAGAAUCAGUUCUCAGGUUCCAUCCCCGGCGAAAUCGGAUCGCUUAACGGACUCGUCGAGAUCACCGGAGAUCAUAACAACUUCUCCGGCGAGGUUCCUAGUAGUUUCGUGAGGCUUAAGCAACUGAGCAGGCUCGAUCUCAGCUCUAAUAAACUCUCCGGGGAGAUUCCACGUGGAGUUAGUGGUUUGAAGAAUCUGAACGAGCUUAAUUUAGCUAAUAAUCAUCUCUCCGGGGAAGUCCCUAGAGAGCUCGGAGACUUGCCUGUUCUUAACUACCUCGAUCUCUCAAAGAAUUUAUUUUCCGGUGAAGUUCCACCGGAGCUCCAGAAUCUGAAGCUAAACGUUAUAAAUUUAUCGUAUAAUCAUCUCUCCGGGAGAGUACCUCCUCUCUACGCUAACAAAAACUACGCGUCCAGCUUUGUCGGGAAUCGUGACUUGUGCUUGGAUGAUCACGACAGUCUUUGUCGGAAGAUCACACGGUCUAAAAGGAUCGGUUAUGUCUGGAUUCUGUUAUUGAUUUUCAUACUUGCUUGUUUGGUUUUUGUUGUUGGGCUUGUCAUGUUUAUCGCCAACUGCAAGAGGAUGAGAGCUUCCAAGAGGGCUAGAUUGUCACCGUCUAAGUGGAGAUCUUUCCACAAGCUUCAUUUCAGCGAGCAUGAGAUCGUUGAUUGUCUUGAAGAACGGAACGUGAUCGGGUCUGGCUCCUCUGGUAAAGUCUAUAGAGCGGAGCUUAGUGGUGGAGAAGUAGUAGCGGUGAAGAAACUAAAUAAAACGGUCAAAGGAGGAGAAGAUGGAUUUGGUGUUUCGUUGAAUAGAGACGUUUUCGCUGCGGAGGUGGAAACGCUUGGAACGAUUAGGCAUAAGAGUAUUGUGCGUUUGUGGUGUUGCUGCAGCUCUGGGGAUUGUAAGUUGUUGGUAUACGAAUACAUGCCUAAUGGGAGCUUAGCUGAUGCGUUGCACAGCCACCGUAAAGGUGGGGUGUUGUUGGGUUGGCCUGAACGGUUAAGGAUCGCUAUAGACGCAGCUGAAGGGUUGUCAUACUUGCACCAUGAUUGUGUUCCUCCGAUUGUGCACCGUGACGUGAAGUCUAGUAACAUAUUGCUAGAUGGAGAUUAUGGAGCCAAAGUAGCUGAUUUUGGCAUCGCGAAAAUCGGUCAAAUGAGUGGUGCUAAAUCGCCAGAAGCUAUGUCUGGAAUCGCUGGUUCUUGCGGUUAUAUUGCACCAGAAUAUGUAUAUACACUUAGGGUGAAUGAGAAGAGCGAUAUCUACAGUUUUGGUAUCGUGCUUUUGGAGUUGGUAACGGGGAAGCAACCAACAGAUCCAGAACUCGGAGAUAAAGAUAUGGUGAAGUGGGUGUGCACUACGCUUGACCAAUGCGGUUUAGAAUCGGUGAUCGAUCCCACACUUGAUCUCGGGUUCAAAGAAGAGAUUAGCAAAGUGAUUCACAUUGGUCUUCUCUGUACGAGCCCUCUCCCUCUAAACAGACCUUCCAUGAGAAAAGUUGUGAUCAUGCUUCAAGAAGUCUCUGGUGCUAUGUCUAGUAGCGUUCGAAAUGUGUCUAAACGCUCAAAGAGCAGUGGGAAACUCUCGCCUUACUACGUGGAAGACGUAAACAGCGUUUGAGCAUUCAAAUAUGGGCUGGUGAAGGUUGAGUUGGGCCAGAAAUAGUUAUUUGGUGUGUGUUUAAGUUAGGUGAAUUCCCUGAAUUGUAAGAAAUCAGAAACAGAAAAGUGGAGCUUUCUGAUUGGGUAAUAGCUUUUAAUGUUAUGAAUUUGAUCUUAAUAUAUUUUGAAUUAGCGAUAUGAUUGUAACAAUUCAUAGUUGGUCCACCCUUUAGCCAACCUUCAUUGUCAUACUCGGCCCGUUACAACAUUAAUUUGUAAACGGAUUUUCAUUCUCG